CUUUCAAUAUCACUCACGCAUUUCACUCCUGUUCCUACUUCCCUUGUGAAACAAUCCAAACAGACCUCAGUCACCUCACUAAACCAUUUCUACUCCAGCUCCCAAAAUUUCGGUGAUCUCAACUCCAAAACCCACAAAAGUGGAGUCCUCUUCUUCUCUGAUUUGCUUUACCACUCUCAAAAUAAUAUUGGUUCUUCGGCAUCUGAGUAUUUGGAUCAUUCAUCUCUCAGUUUUGUCGGAAACCCCUUACCACAUUUCCUGCGGUUGACGACUUUGUGUGUGAUUAAGUGUCACGUAAUUUUCAUCUUUGUGUGAUCUUUACUUUACUUGGUGACUUUUGAAUUUCAGUUCCCACUUUACGGGGAUUUGGGGUUACAGGUGUGAGUGUCAGAGUAGUUUAUUACUGAUCAGUUACAAUCGUUACACUGAGACAAUUUUGAAAUGGAUUCAUGGUGUGUGACCCUGAAGCCAAACUCCCAUUUUAGACAGCCAACUCAAGCUGGGCUUUGUAGUGGGGCUAAUGGCUUUCUGGGUGAGAGGAUCAGAGAGAGUUUGGGUAACAGGGGUUGGUUACGUCGAACUGAGAAGAAAAGACCUAGUGUUGUUCGUUCUGUUGUUACAUCAAAGGACUUUGAGACGAUCCUGAAAGUCCCAACUUACCACAGACUAAGAGUGGACCCUAAGAAUGUUGCUUCGAUCAUAUUGGGAGGAGGGGCAGGGACUCAGCUAUUUCCUCUUACCAGAAGAGCAGCCACACCUGCAGUUCCUGUUGGUGGAUGCUACCGGCUUAUUGACAUUCCGAUGAGCAAUUGCAUCAACAGCAACAUAAACAAAAUUUUCGUGCUAACCCAGUUUAAUUCCACUUCUCUCAAUCGCCACCUUGCUCGCACCUAUUUUGGAAAUGGUAUCAACUUCGGGGAUGGAUUUGUGGAGGUUCUAGCAGCCACUCAAACAUCUGGGGAAGCAGGAAUGGAUUGGUUCCAAGGAACAGCGGAUGCUGUGAGGCAAUUUGUAUGGGUAUUUGAGGAUGCUAAGAAUAGGAACGUUGAAAAUAUACUGAUUUUGUCUGGGGAUCAUCUUUAUCGAAUGGACUAUAUGGACUUUGUGCAGAGUCACGUUGAUAGCAAUGCCGAUAUCACACUUUCAUGUGCAGUUGUGGGUGACAGCCGUGCAUCUGAUUAUGGUUUGGUGAAGAUAGACAGCAGAGGUAAAAUCAUCCAGUUUGCUGAAAAACCAAGGGGAGCUGGUCUAAAAGCAAUGCAAUCAGAUACAACACUUCUUGGAUUCUCCCCACAAGAUGCUCUAAAAUCCCCAUAUGUUGCAUCAAUGGGAGUGUAUGUAUUUAAGACAGAUAUUUUACUAGAACUUCUGAAAAAGACUUAUCCAAAUUCGAACGACUUCGGAUCUGAAAUCAUUCCUGCAGCAGUGGAAGAGCGCAAUGUCCAAGCAUAUAUAUUCAGAGACUACUGGGAGGAUAUCGGAACUAUACAGUCAUUUUAUGAUGCUAACUUGGCCCUCACUGAAGAGUUCCCGAAGUUUCAGUUUUAUGACCCAAAGACACCUUUCUUCACUUCUCCUCGGUUCUUACCACCAACCAAGAUUGACAAUUCCCGGGUUGUGGAUGCAAUAAUCUCACAUGGAUGUUUCUUGCAAGAAUGUCUCGUCCAAAGUUCAAUAGUGGGUGAACGCUCACGGUUAGAUUAUGGUGUUGAGCUGAAGGAUUCCAUAAUGAUGGGUGCAGACAGUUACCAAACUGAAUCUGAGAUUGCAGCUCUGCUUGCGCGUGGGAAAGUUCCAAUAGGUAUUGGAAGGAAUACAAAGAUUAGGAAGUGUAUAAUCGACAAGAAUGCAAAGAUUGGAAAGGAUGUGAUCAUAAUGAACAAAGAUGGCGUUCAAGAAGCAGAUAGGCCAGACGAGGGGUUCUACAUCCGUGAGGAAUCGUUAUCGUUGUGGAGAAGGGACUAAUAGAAGAUGGAAAAGUUAUAUAAAUUAAUGCCUCUUACUUUCUCAAGUACAAUGAGAGCGGAGUUAAAGGUGGUUCUGGCAAAAGAACCGGAAAACAGUGUGCAUUGGCAGCUAGGGGAUAGCUUCUGCCGGACUUUGUCUUCAAAACAGGCAAGUAUCUCUUUUCAGUUCUUCCGGUACUUGAACUAGAAACAUCCUUGAUCCUUCAGUUCUUGUCAAAUGGGAAGCAUGUGCUCAAUAGACAGUUAGUUUCGCGAGAUGUACAAAAAUAAGUUAAGAGGGCUGACACGCUGGUUGUAUUCAUCAUAUUGUAGAUGCUUUCAGUAUUAAUAUUGGUUAUGAAUAAUGCAAUAGCAGGCAGUUUGGCAAGAAGUUUUAUCAAAUGAAUGAGUAGGAACUGCCUUGUUUAGCUGGUCCAAGUUACCUCCUGU